AUGAAUAAUCAAGCAUCAAGUCUCACAGAGAUGAUCUUAUCAAACCAUCUUCACGUGGAGACUUCCUUCGCUGCUUCUUCUCCGUUUUGCGACUGUCUCUGUAGGGAAGAGAAGAAAGGGUUAUGGUCUUCUUUCUCAGGAACACACAAAGCUUCGAAGCUUACUUCGUGUUUAGGUCUUGAAGAGAGUAACGUGAUUUCUAGUUGCUGUUUCAACAUGGAACCCAACAAUGAAGAUAAUGUUUCAUUCAUACCAACAGCUUCUCCUUCAGUUCCAGGCGUCUCUGCUAUACCACCUCCUCCUAUGGCUCCUAUACCAAUGGCUCCAAUACCACAACCUCCACUUGCCCGCCCACCUACCUUCAGGCCACCUCAAAACGGUGGAGCCAAAGCUAGCGACUCGGACUCUGAAUCAGAGGAUGAACAGUAUGUGAUUUCUGAGGAGAGCAGGCAGGUCAGAGAAAGGCAAGAGAAGGCAAUGCAGGAGUUGCUUAUAAAGCGCCGUGCUGCUGCCAUCGCAGUGCCAACAAACGACAAGUCCGUUAGAGACCGGCUUAGACGACUAGGUGAGCCCAUUACACUCUUUGGGGAACAGGAGAUGGAGAGAAGAGCUAGGUUGGCUCAGAUUAUGGCUAGGCUUGAUAUCGGUGGACAGUUGGAUAGACUGCUUCAAGCUUAUGAAGACGAUGCGGCUCCAAGAGAUGAAGUGGAUGAGGAAGAAAUUCAGUACCCGUUUUUUACUGAGGGUCCGAAGGAGCUUAGAGAGGCUAGGAUAGAGAUUGCUAAGUUUUCUAUCAAGAGAGCUGCUGUUAGGAUUCAGCGUGCAAAGCGGAGGAGGGAUGAUCCAGAUGAAGAUGUGGAGGCAGAGACUAAAUGGGCUUUAAAGCAGGCUAAAGGCAUGGUUCUUGAUUGCAGUAACUUUGGAGAUGAUCGUCCUUUAACUGGCUGUUCCUUCUCAAGAGAUGGAAAAAUACUUGCCACAUGUUCUUUGAGUGGAGUUACUAAACUAUGGGAAAUGCCUCAAGUCACAAACAAGAUUGCUGUCUUGAAGGAUCACAAAGAACGUGCAACUGAUGUAGUGUUCUCCCCUGUGGAUGAUAUUCUAGCAACUGCUUCUGCUGAUCGAACCGCAAAGCUGUGGAAAACCGAUGGAACACUCUUACAAACUUUUGAAGGCCACUUGGACCGUCUUGCACGUGUUGCAUUCCACCCAUCAGGGAAGUACCUAGGGACAACAAGCUUUGACAAAACAUGGAGAUUGUGGGAUAUAAACACAGGAGCAGAACUGCUUUUGCAAGAAGGUCACAGUCGCAGCGUCUACGGAAUUGCGUUUCAACAAGAUGGAGCAUUAGCAGCUUCCUCUGGGCUUGAUUCACUUGCACGGGUUUGGGAUCUCCGCACUGGUAGGAGUAUUCUCGUCUUCCAAGGACAUAUCAAACCGGUUCUUUCAGUGAACUUCUCUCCGAAUGGGUAUCACUUAGCAUCUGGUGGUGAGGAUAAUCAAUGCCGUAUUUGGGAUUUAAGAAUGAGAAAGUCAUUGUACAUCAUACCUGCUCAUGCUAACCUUGUGUCUCAAGUUAAGUACGAACCACAAGAAGGCUAUUUCCUGGCCACUGCAUCAUACGACAUGAAAGUCAAUAUAUGGUCAGGCAGAGACUUCUCGCUUGUGAAAAGCUUAGCAGGACACGAGUCAAAAGUGGCUUCUUUAGAUAUCACUGCAGAUAGCUCAUGUAUCGCAACUGUGUCACAUGACCGUACCAUCAAGCUUUGGACAAGCAGUAGCAACGAAGAAGAAGAAGAAGAGCAAGGUGGAGAAACAAUGGACGUAGACCUCUAGCUUCUUUAUCCAUCAUACUUGCGAGAGGAAAAAACAACUUGGGAUCGAGAGAUUUAGAGAUUAGCUUGCUAGAGAGAAUCUUUAAAAUGGUUUUGUUUGUUAUAUCUUGUUGGAGAUUGUUCAAAACUCAGGAUGAUGUUGAUAUUUUUUGCCAUUGCGUUGAAGAAAAAAAAAGCAAAUGACUGAACUUUUGUUUCACUGAGA